CCACGCAGGAUAAUACCCGGAACUACCGCCCCAUCCGCCGAAAAAAACCGGAAGAAGCUGAUGGUGGCUGGCGAGGUCCAAAAGUUUCCGCCUAGCUCCUCUGUUUUAUUCUUUCCCCGCCUCCUCCGCGGAAGCCGAGCGCCAAACUCAAACUUUUAACAGGACCCGGACGUCUUUUAGGCUAGUGCUGCGGACCGGGUUUGUUGGAGUUUCCAGCACACCGGCCGGGGAAGCGGUUCAGCAUGAGCCAGGUUCUGUUCCAGCACCUCGUCCCGUUGCAAGUGAAAUGCAAAGACUGCGAGGAGAGGAGAGUGAGUAUUAGACUGAGCAUUGAACUACAAUCAGUUUCUAAUCCAGUUCACAGAAAGGAUUUAGUUAUCCGUCUGACUGAUGAUACUGAUCCAUUUUUUCUGUAUAACCUUGUUAUAUCAGAGGAAGAUUUUCAGAGUUUAAAAUUCCAGCAAGGUCUUCUGAUAGACUUCUCAGCUUUCCCACAAAAAUUCAUAGAUCUCCUUCAGCAGUGUACUGAAGAACAUGCCAAAGAAAUUCCAAGGUUUUUGCUACAGUUAGUUUCUCCAGAAGCUAUUUUGGAUAACUCACCUGCUUUUUUGAAUGUGGUAGAGACAAAUCCUUUUAAACAUCUUACACACCUUUCAUUAAAACUGUUACCUGGAAAUGAUGUGGAAAUAAAGAAGUUUCUAGCAGACUGUUUGAAAUGUAGCAAGGAAGAAAAAUUAUCAUUGACACAAUCACUAGAUGACGUUACCAGGCAACUGAAUUUCACACAAAAGACACUAUCAGAAAAAAUCCAAGAAUUAGAUAAGUUACGGAAUGAAUGGGCGUCACACACAGCAACAUUGUCAAAUAAGCAUUCUCAAGAACUGACGAAUGAGAAGGAAAAAGCUUUGCAGGCACAGGUUCGAUACCAACAGCAGCAUGAACAACAGAAAAAAGAUUUAGAAAUCCUCCAUCAACGAAACAUCCAGCAGCUACAAAACAGAUUGUCUGAGUUAGAAUCUGCUAAUAAAGACCUCACUGAAAGGAAAUAUAAAGGAGACUCUACCAUCAGAGAACUUAAAACAAAGCUGUCUGGUGUUGAAGAGGAGCUCCAGCGGGCUAAGCAAGAAGUCCUCUCUUUGCGAAGAGAGAAUUCUACACUUGAUGCUGAGUGCCAUGAAAAAGAAAAGCAUAUUAAUCAUCUACAAACAAAAGUGGCUGUUUUAGAACAGGAAAUCAAGGAUAAGGAUCAGCUUGUUUUAAGAACAAAAGAAGCAUUUGAUACAAUCCAGGAACAAAAGGUGGCUUUAGAAGAAAAUGGUGAGAAAAAUCAAGUACAACUAGGAAAACUUGAAGCUACAAUAAAAUCAUUAUCAGCUGAACUUCUUAAGGCAAAUGAAAUUAUCAAAAAGUUGCAAGGGGAUCUGAAGACCUUAAUGGGUAAAUUGAAACUGAAGAAUACAGUAACUAUUCAGCAAGAGAAACUCUUGGCUGAGAAGGAAGAAAAAUUACAAAAGGAACAAAAAGAAUUACAAGAUGUUGGACAGUCUCUCCGAAUUAAAGAGCAAGAGGUAUGCAAGUUACAAGAACAAUUAGAAGCUACAGUUCAAAAACUUGAAGAAAGCAAACAGCUUCUAAAAAAUAAUGAGAAGUUAAUCACAUGGUUAAAUAAAGAAUUAAAUGAAAAUCAGCUAGUGAGAAAGCAAGAUGUAUUGGGACCUUCAACCACUCCACCUGUACAUUCUAGUAGCAACACCAUCAGAAGUGGAAUUUCUCCUAACUCUAAUAUGGUUGAGAGUAGACUGACUUACCCAACUUGUGGGAUUGGUUAUCCUGUCUCCUCUGCAUUUGCAUUCCAGAAUACCUUUCCUCAUCCUAUAGCUGCCAAAAAUACCAUCCACCCAGUUUCAGGACCAAAGGUGCAGUUUAACUUGCAGUUUACAAAACCAAGUACAUCACUAGGAGAUGUUCAAUCAGGAACAACUGUUAGUAUGCCUUGCUCAACUGAUAAGGAAAAUGGUGAAAAUUUAGGGCUGGAACCCAAAUAUCUGAAGAAAAGGGAAGACAGCAUUCCUUUACGUGGGCUCAACCAAAAUCUAUUUAAUAAUCCAGAUAAUCUUUUUUUGUCCUCAUUUGCAGACCAUCAAAAAGACGGCACUUUAGGAGCAUUACAGACAUCUUCAAAACCGGUAGUGCUCCCUUCUACGUCUUCAGCGUAUUUCCCUGGGCAGCUACCAAACAGUUAAUCCUAUUGUCAUCUUUUACUUUUAUUGAAAUUUUAGAAAUUCAGCGUGGUUUUAAUAUAGAAACAGCACAGAUCAAAUUCUGAAUAAGCAAGUUUCAAAGUUUAUUGAGCUACUGUAUUAAGAUUGUUUGGAUCCUUUAAGUACUGCUGUCGUUUAUGCAGUUUAGAGGGGCAAAUUUGUACUAGGGAAUGGGUGAAGAUUCUUUUUAGUUUGGAACAUGGUGUUUUGUAGAAUAAUAGCAUGAAUUUUAUUAAACUAAUCCUUAGAAAUUCUCAGAAGUUCUAAGGAAAGAGUUGAUCCUUGUAAGGGAAUUCUAAUCAUAUUCAAUAUCUCAAUUAAAACCUGCUCAGAUAUAUAUACUAGUAUGAAACCAAAGAAUGCUAUCAAUUCAUUUUAUCAUUUUCAUUAGUACUAUAAAAGUUUUAAAUUUGCCACCUGAGAAUUUUAAGGGAAAAUAAUGAUCUCUUGAGAUAUAUUAUUUUUUUUGUGCGGUAUGCGGGCCUCACUGUUGGGGCCUCUCCCGUUGCGGAGCACAGGCUCCGGACGCGCAGGCUCAGCGGCCAUGGCUCACGGGCCCAGCCGCUCCGCGGCAUGAGAUCUUCCCGGACCGGGGCACGAACCCGUGUCCCCUGCAUCGGCAGGUGGACUCUCAACCACUGCGCCACCAGGGAAGCCCGAGAUAUAUUAUUGAUGAUAUUUACAGUAAAGGGAAAAGUCCUGAAAUUACCUUAAAUGAAUAAAUUCUUCAUAGCAAGUAAAUAUUUUCCUUGAAACCUUUAUCUUUUGAAUAAGUCUGUUAAUUUUGAUAAAUUUAUUGUACAGAAAAUCUUGGACGCUCUAAUUACAUGACCAGAUUAGGUACAAAGUGCUUUUAGUCAUUUGAGGUGCAGAGUUUAUGGAUUUAAUGCUUCCUGGAAGUCUACAGUCAUCCACUUUUUCUCCUUCAUUUGGAGUUUUGUUUGUUAUGCAGUUAAAUCUGUAUUAGUGGAAUAUUUGUUUUAAAAAUUAGUACUUACACAAAAUAUUUACUGAGCAUCAUGAAUAUUCGUUUUGCUUAUAUCAAAAUAGGUUCAUUUUCAUGUUUGCUUAUUAGUAAAGUAGGCAAAAUGAAUAAUGUUAGAAGUUACAACUUUCUUCUCUUCCCUAUAAUUAAAAGUUUUAAGUAAGAAUUGUUCCUUGGGAAAAAUGAGGUAAUUUUUAAAAAUUCACCCAGAAUCACAGGGUUGCAUUUUGUUUUCUUACUGACAACCAUCCAGUAGAGUAGCAUUCUCUUAAGAAAACUCGAAAUCAAUUUGUUAGCAGAGAUUGCUAAUGCUUAUGUGAUACUUAAAAAAAAUAUUUUCAAUGACCUUAUUACACAGAUGAGGAAAAGAGACAUUUCAGGAUAUUGAUGACAUACUAAUGUUAUUGGCUUCCAUGGUAAGACAAAAAAUAUUUGCUAAUUUUUUUAUGAAGCCACAGUAUUCUUUCCUUACGAUACUUUUGAAACUACUGGCAACCACAAGCUGUCUUAAACAAGGGAUCUUAUCUAAAAAAUUUAAUAACCGUUAUUAGGUAGUCACUUUUUAUAUAUAUAUUUUUGUCAUUUAGAUAUACUACAUUAGUAAGAAUACUCAGUUAUAAUAACUUGAAAGCACUAAUAAUCUGGAAAGAAACUUUCUGGCAAUCUUGGAAUCUUUCCUGUAAAUAGUAUGUAAUAUAAAACUUUGUGACAAGGGUUUGGAUAGGAUACAUGACAUAACAGGUAGCUCUUUUUUUAAAAUAUAGAUAUCCUUUUCCAUAUCCACGCAUGGAAAAUUGGGAGGACUCCCAAAAG